AUCACUACGCCCAUGGCAAAAAGCCUCUCUGUUGCCAGGCUGGGCCGUGCGCUCUCCGCAGAGCGCCUCGCUCUCCCGGGAACUGGGUGGACGGCGGACUCGGGCGGUCGCCGGGCUGCCUCUCCGGCUGCGGACGUCCACAGCUGCCCGGCAGCUGCAGCACGAGGGAGCGGGCGCUCUGCUGCUGUACGCUCGUCCUACCGGCGUGUGCAGAGAUGGAGAAAACAGCUUGCUCAGCAGCUUUUGUGAUGCGUUUGCCCCUUCUCGCGGGACAGAUGAGCCUGUUGCCCUGUAGUUACGCAGCACCUCUGCUCUGAACCUGGACCUGGCAAAAGGCCAUCUGACGCAGCGGGGGCAGGCUUGAACAAGGACAAGAAAGAGAAGACGCCGGGAGGACACCAGGGCUGCACUGGAGAACGACCGGGCGACAGACUGCUUAACUUUGGCCGACGGAGCCCGUUGGUGAUUGGAUGCUUCCUCAGAAGUGACAGGGAGGAUCUUCUGUCUGCGCAGGGCGUUUCCGUUCCCGCGUAGUCUGCUCUGACUAUAAAAGCCCGCGCUCAGCAUCUGUGAUUCAAACGGCAAAAUGAAGUUGAAAAGGAAGAAGGAAGGGAGCUCCGACCCCAGUGAGGGUCGGAAGGGGAAAAUGACACUUUUGCUUGCCGCGGUAACGCUGAUAUCCACCUUUGGAUCAUCCUUCCAGUAUGGCUACAAUGUCUCUGUGAUCAAUUCUCCAGCCCCGUACAUGCAAGCCUUCUACAACAAAACCUACCUGGAGAGGACUGGAAAACCUAUGGGCAGCAACUUCCAGACGCUGCUCUGGUCCCUCACCGUGUCCAUGUUCCCCCUGGGAGGCUUCUUUGGGUCGCUCAUGGUGGCGCCUCUGGUUAACAGGUGUGGCCGAAAGGGUACCUUGCUGAUAAAUAACCUCUUCUCCAUUGCUGCUGCAAUCCUUAUGGGCACCUCAGAGGUAGCAAAAACCUUUGAAGUAAUCAUCCUUUCCCGUGUUAUCGUGGGAAUAUACGCUGGCCUGGCCUCCAAUGUGGUUCCCAUGUACCUGGGAGAAGUGUCCCCCAAAAAUCUGAGAGGUGCUGUUGGGGUAGUGCCCCAGCUCUUUAUCACCAUUGGCAUCCUUAUAGCUCAGAUCUUUGGUCUCCAGAGCAUCCUUGGGAAUGCCGAAGGCUGGCCACUGCUGCUGGGGCUCACCGGGAUCCCAUCACUAAUUCAGCUCCUUAUACUGCCCUUUUUCCCUGAGAGUCCCAGAUACCUGCUGAUACAGAAGGGCAAUGAAGAGCAAGCACGGCAAGCUCUGCGGAAGUUGAGAGGCUGGGAUGAUGUAGAUGAUGAGAUAGAAGAAAUGCGCCAGGAAGACCGGUCAGAAAAGGAAGGCGGGCAUUUCUCUGUGCUCAACCUGUGCACCUUCAGAGGCUUGCGAUGGCAGCUCAUCUCCAUCGUUGUCAUGAUGAUGGGCCAGCAGCUCUCUGGGGUUAAUGCGGUCUUCUACUACGCGGACAGAAUCUUCUUGUCGGCAGGCGUGGACGACAAUAACGUUCAGUACGUCACUGUCUCAACAGGUGCCGUCAACGUUGUCAUGACUUUCGUUGCUGUUUUCAUUGUGGAGUCACUGGGGAGGAGAAUCCUUCUCCUUGCUGGCUUUGGAUUGUGCUGUGUCUUCUGUGCGGUGUUAACACUGGCCCUCAAUCUCCAGACAACUGUCUCGUGGAUGUCCUACCUCAGCAUAGUGUGUGUCAUUGUUUACAUCACGGGACAUGCUAUCGGAGCCAGUCCAAUUCCCUUUGUGAUGAUCACGGAGAUGUUCCUGCAGUCAUCCCGGCCUGCAGCGUUCAUGGUGGGUGGAUCUGUGCACUGGCUGUGCAACUUCACCGUGGGGCUUGUGUUCCUCUAUAUGGAGGCUGGACUGGGGGCCUACUGCUUCCUCAUCUUCUGUGCCAUCUGCCUGGCCACUGUAGUUUACAUCUUCAUUAUUGUCCCCGAGACGAAGAACAAAACCUUCAUGGAAAUCAACAGAAUCAUGGCCAAGAGAAACAAGGUGGAGAUUCAGGCAGAAAAAGAAGAGCUCAAGGACUUCCAGACAGUUCCAGAGGGGCAGGCAGAGAAGCAAGUAGUCUCCAACACUCAGCUGUGACACAGCCCAGCAUUUGGCCUGUCCCAGGCACGUUCAGGAUGUUCUCUCACGCUCUCUCUGCUCAGUGAGAGAAUAGCUAUGUGGCUUGAUCUCAACCUUAAUUCAGACUUUUUGCACACUUCGCACAGCAGGAGCAGUUUCCAAAGAAGCCUGAGCUGAUGCCAAGCCUUAGCUGCUCGGUAUUCUCUGGGACGGGGAGAGAGAAUCAGUUGUGCUGAGAGAUGCUUUGUUAGAUGGGCUGAUAAUAGCGUUUAUCCUGUCAACUCUUGUCCUCCUUUUAUAUGCUUCACAGGACUGUAAAACUGGGAAGGCAUAUCACCCUUGCCCUGCGCACCAAACUGUCCUUCAAAUCAAAUUUAGUCCUCAACUGUUGCUGGAAGGUCCUGCUAGAGAUUUUUCCGUGUGGCUCGGAGUCUUCCUCUGGAUUCUGGCUGAUGCUUAUUCCCAGUCAGUCCAUACUCGUUUGCUCCUGUGCCACCCCAGUCUUUGGAAAUGGCUCGUUUCCCUCUCUGGUGUUUACACUUCAGCUGACAAGGAGCAACGGUUCCUCUCCUACUCCCCUAAUGACCCCCGUGCCCUUUCUCUGUAGCUGUGACAGCUGGAGCUCAUUCUCUCUCAAGAGGUACAUGGUCCUGAAGGCCAGAAGAACCGCACUGCUGUGUUGCCGGGGUUGAAUUCAGGCUGAUUCCAGUGCACUGACUGCACUUCUGUGGCCUGUUUCCAGCUGUGCCCAUUGUGUGUUUGCACCUCUGUUUUGGGGCUCUUAUAGUGAGUUGCUUGAAGUUGGAGUUUUCCAAAGAGCUUGGCUCUCAGGUGUCUGAAACCUGUUCCAAACUCAGGGAAAAAAACAACCAAACAACCAAAAAAGAAAUUUUGAAAAAGUCUAGUGGUCCUUCUAAUGUGUCUUCUGAGGGCACAGCUCCACCUGAAGGCUGAGCUGUUUGGGGAAAGCUCUGAGUCCAGACAACUCGUGCUGGCUCUCAGAAGAAAAUAGAGUGCACGCAAGAAAUGAAGGAGUUCUUAAAAUAUUUAUUGGUUUAAUGUUUCUAGGGUUAAUUACAGCAUAACGUAACAUGGGGAAAUUCAAUUAAAUUAAUGUUUGUGCAGGGCUGCUGCCCUCUAGGGGGGGAAAAGACCGAAUUCUUCAACAGCCUGGUGCUGACUUUGUAUUCUUGAUGGAGACAGUCCUUCACGUGAUGUACUUCUGUACCCUCAGUUUCAUACUCAACCUUCUCUUGUUUCUUACUCAACCUUCUGGCUUUACCCUCGAACUUCUCUUGUGAUGUACACCUGUUGAAAAGAUGCUGCUUCCCUGCUCAGUCUCUGCAUCCAUUCACAGAAGAGGAGAUGUGCAGGGAUGGUGAGAAAUUGAGCCUGGGGAAAGGGUGCAUGAGAUAGAUUUUGCUUGAAGAGGGGGUUCCUUUGACCAAAGAGAGCAGCUCUCUGGCGUGUGGGAGGAAGAUGGAUGCAUGGGGCAUUUCAUUUUGUAGGGUGUCCGGUGCCCUAAAGCAACCUUCUGGGAGGGAUUUGACAGUGCAAGGUGCUGGAGCGUGCUGAGUUCUGCUCUGUUCUUUCCCUCUGUCACACUGAUGGAGGCCUCACCUCCAACUACUGUACCUUCUUGGAAAGAAGCCUAGAGCACUAAGUAGGUGCCUAGCAAACCUAUACAGAGCAGAAGGAGAGACGAGCAAUUAAUCAAAAAUAAAUACAUGGAGCAAGCUUCCCUUCUCAAGUGUCGCA